UUUAUUUAUUUUUUAGGUGACUGCACUUCAAGAUGAAAAGAAUUCAUUAGUUUCUGAGAAUGAGAUGAUGAAUGAAAAACUUGACCAGUUGGAUGGCUCUUUUGAUGAUCCAAAUACAAUGGUUGCAAAAAAGUAUUUUCAUGCACAGUUACAGCUAGAACAAUUACAGGAAGAAAACUUCAGGCUUGAAGCUGCAAAGGAUGAUUACCGUGUUCACUGUGAAGAACUUGAAAAGCAACUAAUUGAAUUUCAGCAUAGGAAUGAUGAACUGACUAGUCUUGCUGAAGAAACAAGAGCCCUGAAAGAUGAAAUAGAUGUUCUUAGGGCCACCUCUGAUAAAGCAAAUAAACUAGAGUCAACAGUCGAGAUAUAUCGUCAGAAACUACAAGAUCUGAACGACCUUCGCAAGCAGGUUAAAACUUUACAAGAAACAAACAUGAUGUAUAUGCAUAAUACAGUCAGCUUAGAAGAAGAAUUGAAGAAGGCAAAUGCAGCACGUACACAGUUAGAAACAUACAAGAGGCAGGUUCAAGAUCUUCACAAUAAACUUUCCUCUGAAUCCAAAAGGGCAGAUACACUAGCAUUUGAAAUGAAGCGGCUUGAAGAAAAACAUGAAGCUUUACUUAAGGAAAAAGAGAGACUAAUAGAGCAACGUGAUACUCUGAAAGAAACGAAUGAAGAACUUCGAUGUUCACAAGUACAACGAGAUCACCUAAACCAAACAGAUGCAUCUGCUACAAAGAGUUAUGAGAAUCUUGCUGCUGAGAUUAUGCCAGUGGAAUAUAGGGAAGUGUUUAUUCGACUGCAACAUGAAAAUAAGAUGCUCCGCUUACAACAGGAAGGUACUGAGAACGAGCGUAUUGAGGAACUUCAGGAACAGCUGGAACAGAAGCACCGCAAGAUGAACGAACUGGAAACCGAGCAAAGGUGAAACGCUUUGUAAUUUCGUUAGCUAGCCAUGAAAUCUGGUCUCACAGAAGUGGGAGAGGUCAUUGUAGUUAAAAUAA